AUGGGGAUGUCUAAAAGUGUCAAAGUUAUUCUCUCUCUCUUUCUUGUAGUGUUCUUGGCUUUUGCAGCAACCAAUAUUGAGGCAAGAGCUAUAAAUUAUCGCGAUCUUAAUAAUGGAGAUCACUCUUCGGGUUGUGAUAAAGCGAACCCAGCCACCUGCAAGAAGCGCCCAGUCAAUCCUUACAACAGAGGAUGCGAGGAGAGUCAUCGUUGCCGUGGUGGAUCAAAUUAG